GCGCGAGCGACACGCAAACCGACGCACAGUAACAGCUGCGCGCCGUCCGACGACGGUCACACGUUGUCGUCGUUCUCCGCCCCGCCGCCCGUCACCCGGUAUGUUGUUCGACGUGUACGCGUGCCGCACCAUGAACGCGGUGCUGUUGAUCGUGUGCUCGACGUUUUCCGGCGAGCUCCGCACCACCUUUGCCGCCGUACCGUACCUGGACGACGAAAAAGAGUUAAUUAUCGGCGAGUUGGCCAACAUAAUCAAGGACCAGAGCUACAGGAUGCGGAACAAUCUCCGGGACCACGAAGACGUGUACCCGGCGAUGCCCCGGAAUCGGUUGGCGGCCGACGGCGAACGGCCGUUCACGUACGACCUGGCGUCGGAUUUGCCCCAGGUAAACACGGGCGACCAGGAAGUACCGUUCGCCGUGUUGCCCAACGACCGCCGUUACUAUCAAUCAGAUUUCUCUCAAGUUGAUCUGGAGAGACCGCAAGGGCAAGCGAUGCAGAAAUUCCUCAAAAAAGAACAGUCCAAGAGCAGCGAGGUAAAUGACAAAAUCGCGUACGGAUCGGAUGGUUACGUCGAAUCGAAGGUGACCACCGAGAACACGAGCAGCAGCGAAGUGGCCAUGGACAUACCGCAAAGCACGUACAUGCACUUGCCGUUUUCCACCCAUACCAAGUUCAGCCAAGAAGAUUACUAUUUCUUCGCUAAAGCUGCCGGCGUCGGUUUAGCAGUCCUGGUCGUCCUGCUCAUAUCGUCAAUAGCCUGUUACAGGAUGCAAAAAAAUAACAAGGCGGCCGCCGACAUCGAGUACCCAGCGUAUGGCAUAACAGGGCCUAACAAAGACAUCUCGCCCACGGGCGACCGGCGCCUGGCACAGUCCGCCCAGAUGUACCAUUAUCAGCACCAGAAACAACAGAUCAUAGCUAUGGAGAAUAAUAGUUCGGUCAAAGAAAGCCGGUGCGGUUCAGUCAGCGACCCGGACAGUGACGACGACAACGAGGAAGGCGAUUACACGGUUUACGAGUGUCCGGGAUUAGCGCCCGCAGGAGAAAUGGAAGUGAAAAACCCGCUGUUCCUUGAUGACAACACGCCAGUCUCUCCCAACGCUGCAGGAUGCAAGGAUAAUACCACAGGAAACGGCGUCAUACCGGCAGCACCCGUCCCAUAAUUUAAUAUAACUAUCCAUAUACACCACUUCACAUACAUAUACAUAUAUAUUUAUGUAUAUGGCAUUCGUCUACAUCCGAAACGUCUAAGACAACGCUAUUUAUUUUUAUUUUGUUUCUCUUUUUAUUUAUUUAUUAAUAUUUUUUUUUUUAAUUUGAUUAUCAUAUUAUUAUUACUGGUUUACCAAACAUUGUUUUUCUAUAUAAUACCAAUACGGUACGUGUGGCGAGUGAAUAAUUAACUAUUAACUUAUCCUGUACACAUGAUACAACAUGUUAUACAACUCGCGUAAAUCAAAAACACUUAUUAGUACUACAGUGCGGAAUGGAUAUCAAUAUGGUAGAAAAUCACAAUAAUAUUAUCCACUAUACGAUUGCGUCAUUACAACACAUAUUGAACAUGUCAGUUGGUGAAUAUUUAUCCGAGACGGUAGAGGGUUAAUUGGCGGAUAGCUUUUCCCAUCUACUUGUACGUAUAAUACAUUUUUGUAUAGUCAGCCAUCAAUGAUAAAAUGAACAUUAUUUAUUUUUAGUUAGAUGUUAAAAUUUCUAAAACAAUAAAAAUCGAUUGACAUUUUCUGCUGAUAUUUUACUAUGAAAUAACAUAAACAUCAAGUGACAAGAGAGACGGUUUUGUUUUAUCCUGAUAUUUACACUGUGCAUCUAUCCCUACUGAAAUACAUGCUUAGAAAAAAUAAUCGGGUCAUUCGACUACACCCCUUUUAGUGACUUGGAUGGAACGUAACCACCACUGCAAUAUUACACGGAACUAGGGCAAGAACGCGUAAUAUUUUUCAAUAGGCUAAAGGGCUCCGGAAAACGAAUAAUCUUAAUAUUUGUUUUUAUUAUCUUGUCAGUUCCCAUAAUCAUUCGAAACGGUCGUUGUAGAGCGGUGAACGCGGUAUCCGGUUCAAAGGAAAUCUAUUUAAUGACGGGGAGAGGGUUGAGGAGGCUGCAACUAUAAUAAAAAUAUUUCAAAACUUAAUCUAAUCUUCGGGUUCCGAUUGCGCAAGUACUACUUAUAUAAUUAGAAAACGUUAAAAAAUGUUGCGGAUAAUUUUCAAAUCUUUACGAUAGACGAAAAAUUAUUUAUUCGUCAUAGAAUCACCAGUACUAUUGCAAUUCAUUAUCAUAUUCUCUCUUGCCCCUCCUCCCGCUGGUUCACACGCGGAGUAAACACGCUUACGGGACGUAGUAUAGAGUCGCGACGGUUAUUUCGAACGAUACUUUUCCACGUACUGUACUGUCUAAUUAGUAGUAUCUCAUGAGCACGUACGGCUGACUAUUAGAUUUUUUUUUUACCGCAGGAUUAUAUUUCGUUUCCCCACUCGGUUAAGCUGUAUUGAGCAUCGAAGUUCGAACGUUAUUACCUUUGAUUAUAAAUAAUAGUAUUCCAUUAGUAUUUAUAACCAAUUGGAUAACUCGAAUAACAUUUAUUUGUUUCGCCGUUGGAAAUCCGAAUGUUUAUUCACUUUCGUAGGUUUUUUAAAAGGUGUUUUAUAGCGAUGGAGAGAGAAACCACAAACAGAAAAAAACAUUAACCCUUAGCAGUGUUGAAGAAAAGAAUAUUUUUCUGAAUAAACCGAUAACGCGCCCUGUAAUAACAACCUCGCAUAUACGAGCUCCGUCCUAGGUUAAAUGAAAACACGUAUUUAUAAUUGUCAACAAAUCCGUGUCUUUCAAUUACGAUUUUCUACUACCGCAUAUUUGUGUCCGAACGAGUUGGUGGUCCGAUACAACACGUGUUCACAAGUGAACUUGUGUACAGGUUGAAAUGUUUAAAACCGUUCUAACCAGUGGCAGCGCGAAGUUUAUUCACCAAUGAAUCAGUUACGUGUAUCGAGUACCCAAGUCAAAGUUUUAGAUUCAGAGUAAACAUUAAAAUCAACGAGUCAAAAAAAAAAAAAAAAAAAAUGUAUAACUUAUAUUUUAUAUCCAA